CGCUUCGCACAGGAUCCUCGCGCACGACAUCAGAGGCAGCAAGGGCGCUCGGUACAUUCAACUCAAAAUUUCCUGACCAGCUGCUCUGUAUAGACACCAUGAAGCUUCCUCGCCCCCCUCUCCUCCUGCUCCUCCUCGUCUCCGUCGCGCUGCUUCCGCUCUUCGCCUCCUCGCGCACUCUUCCGCCUAGGGGGCAGCCCACAGGGGGGGAGAUUCCGCCGGCCACAGGGAAAGCCACCACCGCGCCCCCCCGCCACCCGCGUCAUGCGGCGAACGGGACGGUAGCGGGGAACCGAACGAAGGGCGGGCAUCCGAACAAGGGGCACCAUAGGGGGAACGGCACUGCGGCAGGGGGACCUUCGCCAAAGUCGCCAACGAGCGGAAACGUGAAGGAUGGAAAUGCGCCCAAUGGUCAGAAGAACGGUGGCACGCAGCCGAAUAAGAAUGGCGGCGGGGGCGGCGGCGCACAGACGAACAAGAACGGUGGCGCUCAGCCGAACAAGAAUGGCGGCGGUGGUGGCGGUGGCGCCAAUCAUCCGCGUCUACCUAAGCAAAUCGCUGAGGAGAACUGUAGCAGCAAGACGUCAUGGCCAGAGAGAGUGUGCCAUGAUAAAUCCGUUCGCAACUCAUCAGACAGCUUCAACCUUCCAACGAUUCACAAGUUGCAGCAGGAGCUGCAGAGCGGAGGGCAGCAGGAGCUGCAGAGCGGAGGGCAGCAGGAGCUGCAGAGCGGAGGGCAGCAGGAGCUGCAGAGCGGAGGGCAGCAGGAGCCGGUUUGGGUGUUGGAUGUGGAGAUAGCGGACGAGGCUUGCACCGAUGAGCUGGAAUCAAGCCCCAUGGAGGGGGAGAAUGCCAACCCUGAUUCCCCGGACCAAGCGGAAAGGCCCCGAGCGCGGGGCCGGGGCCGGAGGCGACGGGCAGCCAAACUGCAGCAGCUGCAGAGCGGAGGGCAGCAGCAGCUGCCGAGCGGAGGGCAGCAGCAGCUGCAGAGUGGAGGGCAGCAGCAGCUGCCGAGCGGAGGGCAGCAGCAGCUGCAGAGCGGAGGGCAGCAGCAGCUGCCGAGCGGAGGGCAGCAGCAGCUGCAGAGCGGAGGGCAGCAGCAGCUGCCGAGCGGAGGGCAGCAGCAGCUGCAGAGCGGAGGGCAGCAGCAGCUGCCGAGCGGAGGGCAGCAGCAGCUGCAGAGCGGAGGGCAGCAGCAGCUGCAGAGCGGAGGGCAGCAAGAGCCGGUUUGGGUGUUGGAUGUGGAGAUGGCGGACGAGGCUUGCACCGAUGAGCUGGAAUCAAGCCCCAUGGAGGGGGAGAAUGCCAACCCUGAUUCCCCGGACCAAGCGGAAAGGCCCCGAGCGCGGGGCCGGGGCCGGAGGCGACGGGCAACCAAACUGCAGCAGCUGCAGAGCGGAGGGCAGCAGCAGCUGCCGAGCGGAGGGCAGCAGCAGCUGCAGAGCGGAGCGCAGCAGCAGCUGCCGAGCGGAGGGCAGCAGCAGCUGCAGAGCGGAGGGCAGCAGCAGCUGCCGAGCGGAGGGCAGCAGCAGCUGCAGAGCGGAGGGCAGCAGCAGCUGCCGAGCGGAGGGCAGCAGCAGCUGCAGAGCGGAGGGCAGCAGCAGCUGCCGAGCAGAGGGCAGCAGCAGCUGCCGAGCGGAGGGCAGCAGCAGCUGCAGAGCGGAGGGCAGCAGGAGCUGCAGAGCGGAGGGCAGCAGGAGCUGCAGAGCGGAGGGCAGCAGGAGCUGCAGAGCGGAGGGCAGCAGGUGCUGCAGAGCGGAGGGCAGCAGGAGCAGCAGAGCGGAGGGCAACAGCAGCUGCCGAGCGGAGGGCAGCAGCAGCUGCAGAGCGGAGGGCAGCAGGAGCUGCCGAGCGGAGGGCAGCGGCAGCUGCCGAGUGGAGGGCAGCGGCAGCUGCAGAGCGGAGGGCAGCAGGAGCUGCAGAGCGAAGGGCAGCAGGAGCUGCAGAGCGGAGGGCAGCAGCAGCUGCAGAGCGGAGGGCAGCAGCAGCUGCAGAGCGGAGGGCAGCAGCAGCUGCCGAGCGGAGGGCAGCGGGAGCUGCAGAGCGGAGGGCAGCAGCAGCUGCGGAGUGGAGGGCAGCAAGAGCCGCAGGAGCUGCAGAGCGGAGGGCAACAGCAGCUGACGAGCGGAGGGCAGCAGCAGCUGCAGAGCGGAGGGCAGCAGGAGCUGCCGAGCGGAGGGCAGCGGCAGCUGCCGAGUGGAGGGCAGCGGCAGCUGCAGAGCGGAGGGCAGCAGGAGCUGCAGAGCGAAGGGCAGCAGGAGCUGCAGAGCGGAGGGCAGCAGAAGCUGCAGAGCGGAGGGCAGCAGCAGCUGCAGAGCGGAGGGCAGCAGCAGCUGCCGAGCGGAGGGCAGCGGGAGCUGCAGAGCGGAGGGCAGCAGCAGCUGCAGAGCGGAGGGCAGCAAGAGCCGGUGCAAAGUGGGAGAAUGGAGUCGGGGUUUGACGUGUCUUACUGCCGGUAG